AUGGCACCCGUUUGUUUUGGAUCCAUUCGCACACACGAACAACCCCAAGUCAAGCAACUAGUCACCAUAUCCUCUGGAGGGAAAUUUGUAUGUGGGCUGGAGUAUGGCAAUCAUUUUCCAAUAUGCUGGGGCAGUCUCGAAGCUCCACAAAGUUUUCUAAAUGUUAGCUAUACAGCCAUAAGCAGUGGUGCAAGCCAUGCGUGUGCAAUACGAAGCUACGACAAUAGAGCCGACUGCUGGGGGAGUAUAAACUCUUCUACUGUUCCAAACCAAGCCUUCGUGUCGAUCUCAUCUGGAAGUGGUUUCUCCUGUGGCCUGACACUAGAUGGAGCAACAGCAUGCUGGGGAGAAGUGCCAGGUGCAAUCCCAAAACCAGCAAAUGAUAAGAAGUUCAUGGCUUUGUUUGCUGGAGCAUAUGUAGUUUGUGGAAUAACAGCUCAAGCAGGAGAAACUCUCUGCUGGGGAGGUGAAAAGAGCAAUCCCAGUCCUGCAAUUCCUCCUCCUGGUCUCAAGUUUUCUUACAUAACUGGAGGAUUCCGCCAUACUUGUGGAGUGCGUGCAGACAAUCACCAAGCCGUAUGCUGGGGAGAUAACAGGUUUGCGCAACUUCGAGUUCCGGAGAACGCCACCUUUUCAGCCAUUUCAGCUGGUGAUUUCUACACUUGUGGUGUGAGGCUGGACAGGGCUAUGAAGAUCGUGUGUUGGGGAAACUCUGGUGUAUUGAAGAACGAAGACUUCAAUGCGAGCCAGGGAGUUUGCACAAGCAGGUGUGGGAAAAACCAAUACGAGCUGCAUGGAAGUACAUCUUGCCCCUCACUCUCUGACAAAGUGUGUUUGGACUGCUCCAUUUGUGUUGGCGACAACGUAGAGAUCUCUCCUUGUGGAGAUAGCUUCGACAGAAAAUGUGGCAAAUUGGAUAUUACUAGUGGAGAUGAGAUAUCAAAGAGCUGGAGGAGGAUUAUGUUUGUGUUGUAUGUAACUUGUUUUGGAGCUGCGGCUGUGGGAAUUUUGGUGUAUUUGAAAUGUGGAGCUGCAAAGUUUGGAAAGAUUUCUGGGCAUGGAGUUAUAUGUUUUUCGGCGUCUGAGCUACAAGCAGCCACGAACAAUUAUUGUGAUGACUCAAUAUUGGGAAAAGGUUCAUUUGCAACAGUGUAUAAAGGAGUUCUUCACAAUGGUUGUCAAGUUGCUAUCAAACAAGCAAAGGCCUGUACAAGAGGCACCCUACACGACAACUUGUAUUCUUCCAAUUCACUGGAAUGGACAACAAGGAUCAAAAUCUCGGCACAAGCUGCCCGAGGCCUCGAGUACCUCCACAGGUAUGUAUCGCCCAGCGUCACCCACAGGGACGUGAAAUCGUCAAACAUCCUCCUGGAUUGCGACUGGAACGCGAAAGUAUCAAACUUUGGGCUAUCGGUGUGCGGUCCUCAAGACAAUGCAACACACCUGAGCAAUUUGACGAUCGUUGGAACUCCCGGUUACUUGGAUCCUGAGUAUGGGAACUCCUCCCAACUCACAACCACAAGCGACGUCUACAGCUUUGGAGUGGUUCUUCUCGAGCUCAUGUCUGGUCAAAAGCCAAUCGAUCUGUCAAGAGAGAUCCAGAGUCUGGUUGCUUGGGUGCUCGAUCUGGUGGAACGUGACGAGUGGAGCUCGGUGUUGGAUGCUAGACUUGCAGUGCCUUUGGAGCCGGAGCCACUCUAUCGUGCAGUGAAGUUGGCGCUGGAGUGUACCAAAGUCAGUGGGAAGGAGAGGCCGUCCAUGUCGCAUGUCGCCAAAACUCUCGAGGAAGUUUUGGAGGCUGUGGUUUCUCCUCAAACUUGUGCUUUUUCUAGCGUACAGAUUCAGGGAGAGUUUCUUGCUGUUUCAUCUUGGGAUGGAUCGAGACUUCCUUCCAGACAUGAUGUUGAUGUAGAUAUCUUUGAGGAUUUGGAUGCUGAUGAUGUUGAUGUCGAAGUCUUUGAGGAUUUCCCACAGAAGGAUGAUGAUUAUGAGAACCAGAAACGGGGUGACGGUCUAGGCAAGCACAGGAAGGGCAAGAAUAAUAACAACAACAACAUCAACAUCAACAUCAACUUCUGCAAGAACGAGUCUAUGGAUCACAAACGUGAGGAGGAGAAGGAGAAGGAAAAGAAGACUUAUCCUUAG